AUGCAAAUUCGAAACAACAGCGAAGUUGGAGACACCCUCCAACACAUGCGGAAAACCCGAGACCGCCGCAUCGCACUACGCGGAAACACCCGAGGACAGUAUCAACUCAAGUACAAAGCAACCCAAUUUGUCUACCAACCCCAAAACGAUGGAAAGACGGAACGAACCCUCGCGGUAGCCAGCAAAUACGCCCGCAAAGCCACCGAGCAAUUGGAUGAAAUGCUAAGACAACAACAAUUCAGGGACGCUAGCACCCAGACCCGAGUAUACCAAGCAAAGGACAACCUAAGCCAACGAUGGAGCUCACCAUAUACCACGGUAGCCAGCGACUCGACCUUUGAAUUGCCACAAAGAACCCGCGCUACUCCUCAACCUAUCUCGGAAUGGGCUGAAGACGUCGUAGACGGACCACCCUCGGCGGAAGUACGUCCACAAGGAACGUCGAUAGACGAUACCGACCCGGAAGACGCAGAAGAAGAACACCAUCUCGACAGAAUGGAAAAAAUUAAGGAAGUACUAGAAUACAAAUACAUCGACCCCCAAGACGACUGCCAACAGAUCGCCUUCCAUGCAGAAGAAUAUCAUAACAAAAUCCCUACAACAAUCACACAAACCCGGGAUAAAGAAAUAUUCUUAGAAGACGAUCCCAGGAUUACGACACAGCACAGAGAACACAAGGAGAUAGCAUGGAUCUACUGCAUCUUCGAUCACUGCGCCUACCAUCUCUCAAAGAAAGCAGAAAACGAACUAUACCCCAAAAGAAAAGAAGAACUGCGAAUCCGCAGAGCCCAUGAGGAACAAGAACUCUCAUAUUGGGAAGUACGGGGAGAACCCGGAGAAUGGAAAACCAACAACAAUGGAAUAGCAUUCCUACGACCCAGCGUCGAAUACCCUCAGAAGUGUGUGAACCACUUCACGGGAGUCUGGUGGAAUUGCAGGGAAGACCUAUGCAAACUCCACUACAUUCCAAAAAGCGAAAGUUGGAGAUUCCGACAACAAGAACUAGACAAGCAAGGACAGGACGGCGAGACGCCCAGCCCACCUCGUCUAGGAAUCAGAGAAAGUAACCUCGGCAGAGACCGAAAGAAGGGCGAGAAGGCCCUCUACUCAAAAAACUAG